UACAAGGAGGCGGGGCCGGCGGGGGCGGGGCCGGGCUCGGCUUCUCUUAGGGACCCGGCACUCGUCGCCCUCAGUCCGGGUCAGCUGGGGCUGGGCGCCGUGGGUCUGGCGGUGUCGUAGCGGUCCCAGCGUCUGUCCCGCCGGCCGGGCGGUAGCGGCACAGCCGCGGGAAGGUGUCGGAGGGCGGUUCCGCCGCGCGGCGGGCGCGCCGCCCACAUGGCGGCCAUCAGGGCGCUGCAACAGUGGUGCCGGCAGCAGUGCGAGGGCUAUCGCGACGUGAAUAUCUGCAACAUGACCACGUCGUUCCGCGACGGCCUGGCCUUCUGCGCCAUCCUGCACCGCCACCGGCCCGACCUCAUAAACUUCAAUGCUCUCAAGAAGGAAAAUAUUUAUGAAAACAAUAAACUGGCCUUCCGCGUGGCCGAGGAGCACCUGGGCAUCCCAGCCUUGCUGGAUGCCGAGGACAUGGUGGCCCUGAAGGUGCCUGACCGGCUGAGCAUCCUGACCUACGUGUCCCAGUAUUACAACUACUUCCACGGCCGCUCCCCCAUUGGGGGCAUGGCAGGCGUGAAGAGGGCCUCGGAGGACUCUGAGGAGGAGCCGUCAGGGAAGAAGGCUCCAGUCCAGGCGGCCAAGCUGCCUUCGCCUGCCCCAGCCCGGAAGCUUCCACUAUCUCCAGCCCAGACAAACCCUGUGGUCCAGAGGAGGAAUGAGGGUGCAGGGGGCCCACCCCCCAAGACUGACCAGGCAUUGGCGGGCAGCUUGGUCAGCAGCACCUGCGGGGUCUGCGGCAAGCACGUGCACCUGGUACAGCGGCACCUGGCCGACGGGAGGCUUUACCACCGGAGCUGCUUCAGGUGUAAGCAGUGCUCCUGCACGCUGCACUCGGGGGCCUACAGGGCCACAGGAGAGCCGGGCACCUUCGUCUGCACCAGCCACCUCCCCGCAGCCGCCUCUGCAAGCCCCAAGUUGACGGGUCUGGUCCCCCGACAGCCAGGGGCCAUGGGUGUGGAUUCCAGGACCUCCUGUUCCCCACAGAAGGCCCAGGAGGCAAACAAGGCCAGGCCGUCGGCCUGGGAGCCUGCUGCGGGCAACUCGCCUAGCAGGGCUUCCGUUCCAGCUGCACCCAACCCUGCAGCCACCAGCGCCACGUCCGUCCACGUGAGGAGCCCAGCCAGGCCCUCUGAGAGCCGCCUGGCCCCCACUCCCACGGAGGGGAAAGUCCGCCCUCGUGUGACCAACAGCUCCCCGAUGGGCUGGUCGUCAGCUGCCCCAUGCACAGCAGCGGCUGCCUCCCAUCCCGCUGUGCCCCCGAGUGCCCCAGACCCUCGCCCGGCCACACCCCAGGGCGGGGGAGCCCCCCGAGUGGCAGCUCCUCAAACCACGCUCAGUUCAAGCUCCACAUCUGCAGCCACGGUGGACCCCCCAGCCUGGACCCUGUCCGCCUCCAGGACCCAGCAGGCCAGGAAUAAGUUUUUCCAAACAUCAGCACUGCCCCCCGGCACCAGCCUUGCUGGCAGAGGUCCCACCCCGUCACUUGCUCUAUCCAAGGACAGCAGCAAGGAGCAGGCGCGGAACUUCCUCAAGCAGGCCCUCUCAGCGCUGGAAGAGGCUGGCGCUCCGGCGCCUGGCAGGCCCUCCCCAGCCACUGCCCCUGUUCCCAGUUCUCAGCCCAAAACCGAAGCACCACAAGCAAGUCCCUUAGCCAAGCCGUUACAGUCCUCGUCUCCCCGGGCGCUUGGCCUCCCUUCGAGGAUGGAACCGCCAGCCCCCCUGAGCAUGAGCAGUACCUCUCAGGGAUCCUCGUUGCCCCCGGCAGGCAGGAGGAACUUGGCUGAAUCCUCAGGGGUCGGCAGGGUGGGUGCUGGCUCCAGGCCGAAGCCAGAGGCCCCGACGGCAAAGGACAUGAGCGCCAGCCCCCAGGAAGGCCAGGAGGACGGGCCGGCAGGAUGGAGAGCGAAUCUGAAGCCCGUGGACAGGAGAAGCCCAGCUGAGAGGACUCUGAAGCCCAAGGAACCACAGGCCCUGGCAGAGCCGAGGGCGGGGGAGGCCCCCAGGAAGGUCUCAGGCAGCUUUGCUGGGAGUGUCCACAUCACCCUGACCCCCGUGAGGCCUGACAGGACCUCACGCCCAGCCAGCCCAGGACCCAGCCUCCCAGCCAGGUCCCCCUCCCCACCCCGCCGCAGGAGACUGGCCGUCCCUGCCAGCCUUGACGUUUCUGACAACUGGCUUCGGCCGGAGCCCCCUGGCCAGGAAGCCCGAGUGCAGAGCUGGAAGGAGGAGGAGAAGAAACCCCACCUUCAGGGCAAACCAGGGAGACCCUUGUCCCCGGCCAAUGUCCCUGCUCUGCCUGGCGAGACGGUGACCUCCCCAGUCAGGCUGCACCCCGACUACCUCUCCCCGGAGGAGAUACAGAGGCAGCUGCAGGACAUCGAGAGGCGGCUGGACGCCCUGGAGCUCCGCGGCGUGGAGCUGGAGAAGCGACUGCGGGCGGCCGAGGGAGAUGACGCUGAGGAUAGCCUCAUGGUGGACUGGUUCUGGCUCAUUCACGAGAAGCAGCUUCUGCUGAGACAGGAGUCAGAGCUGAUGUACAAGUCCAAGGCCCAGCGUCUGGAGGAGCAGCAGCUGGACAUUGAGGACGAGCUGCGCCGGCUCAUGGCCAAGCCCGAGGCUCUGAAGUCACUGCAGGAGCGGCGGCGGGAGCAGGAGCUGCUGGAGCGGUACGUGAGCACCGUGAACGACCGCAGUGACAUCGUGGACUCGCUGGACGAGGACCGGCUCCGGGAACAAGAGGAGGAUCAGAUGCUGCGGGACAUGAUUGAGAAGCUGGGCCUCCAGAGGAAGAAGUCCAAGUUCCGAUUGUCCAAGAUCUGGUCACCAAAAAGCAAAAGCAGCCCCUCCCAAUAGUAGCUAGUGGGGCCGUGGGCUCGGCCCGGACCCGGACCCGGCAUCUGGACUUGGACUCGGGGCCGUGGGCUUGGCCCGGACCCAGCACCCGGACUUGGACUCGGGGCCGUGGGCUCGGCCCGGACCCGGCAUUCGGACUUGGACUCAGGAAGGGCCUCCUGUCCCUACAAAGGGCAUGUGGACAGCAGGGACCUGCGCUACCGUCUGUGGUCUCAAUAAAGAAACCGACCACAUGGCCCCGGCCUCCUACGUGCCUCCAUGUUUGCCUUGGUGCCCCUGGGCGGCCCCGCACCUGCCUGGGGUCUCGCCUGCCUCCCAGCUCUUGCCUGCAGGACGGACGUGCUGUGUGGCCUCGGGCAGGAGCCGACCCUCUCAGGGCCUGGCCCUCGAAGGUGGGCCCUUUCAUAGCUUCCUGGCACAGAUGGGCUGGUGGGAGCCUCAGAGGAGACGUCGGUACAGACUGGAGACUUUGGGUGCUGGGUCGCCAUGUAUCCGUGGCCUGAGAGCUGUGACCUCGUUCUCCCAGGACUGGGGCUGGGAUGGGGGAUUGUGAGCAGUGGCCCCUGGUCAGGGAGACUUCUUGGUGGCCAGGGCGGGAUGUGGGGUGCUCCAUCCUUUCUGACCCCCACUGAGAGUGGAUGUCAUGGGAGGAGCGCUGAGUCAGGAGUGCAGCGUCCCUGUAAGCCUCAGUUUGCCUGCCCAUCUGUGCGGGGAGGGGCGGGCCUCAGCUGCUCGUUGCUGCGCUGUUUCAGCUGCUGUAGGAGCCUCUGCGAUGGUCCUGGGGAACCCUCAGCCAUGGCAAAGCACCAGUGCUCUCCACCUGCUGGCUGGUGGGGUCGGGACCCCACGGGUCCCAGCAGGGCCAGAGCAGGUUCAGAGCCUGGAGCCCCUGCUGUGUGCGCGUGGGCCCUGGGGAGCUUGUGCUGGGCAGGCCUGUGGCGUUCCAUGGCCUUCACUGUGCCUUCGAGGGUCUCAGGACUCCUGGAACGUGAGCUGGGUGUGGGGCAUGGAAGAGAGGGUGGGCCAGGGUGCACGGAUGGAAUACAGCCUCUGCAGUCACA